GUCCAGCGUUACCCAAUCUGGGCUCCUCAGGCUCAGGAGGACUAACAUUUCUUCCGACUGAGGCCCAGAGGGAGGGCCACAAUUCCAAUUCAAGCGCCAGAAUCUGCAGGCUGCAGCCCGUCGCAUCUUCUUGGAGUUUUCUGAUCAUCUCCUGAACCUCUCAGCUUCAUCCAUGGCGGGUUUUGGGGAUGGCUACGUUGGGAGCUUCCAGGAUGUGCAGAAGAUCCGGCGGAUGGAGAAGAAGCGGGAAGAGGACAAGAAAAAGAUGGAAGAACUCAAGAAGAAGACGGCGGAGGGGGCCUCCGGUUUGCUGCAAUUUGGCCAGGGCACGUCUGAGAUUCUGGAAAGUGCCUUCAAGCAGCAGACUGUGGGCCUGGUAACGCGGGAUGAGUUUGUUGAAAAGAGAGCGACUUUGCAACAGAAGCUCGACGAGGAAGAGAAGCGGAAACGAGAGUUGCAAGAGCAGGCUGAAGUUGAAGCGAAAAUUAAAAAGAGGAAGAAGAAGAGUGCACAAGCGUCCAAGCUCUCUUUUGCCGAAGAUCUGGACGAAGACGAACAGGCGGAAGCUGCAGAAGCAGGUAUGCCCUCUAGUUCGGAGCGAAAGCCCGAUAAGAAUGUUGAAAAGAAGGCCAAGCUGGGCAAAUUCGGAAAGGACCCCUCUGUCGAGACAGGCUUCUUGCCAGACAGGGACAGAGAAGCCGCUGAAAGGGAGGAGCGAAAGCGGCUGCGGCGGCAGUACAUUGCGGAACAAGAGCGGAUCAAAAACGAGCCCCUAGAGAUCACGUACAGUUACUGGGACGGCACGGGCCACCGGCGGAAGAUCCAGGUUCGGAAAGGGGACAGCAUCGGCGACUUCAUGCGGGCAGUGCAGGCGCAACUGUCGCCCGAAUUCCGGGAGGUGCGGACGACCAUGUUCGACAACCUGAUGUACGUCAAGGAGGACCUCAUCAUACCGCAUCAAUUCACGUUCUACGAGCUUAUUGUCAACAAGGCGCGGGGGAAGAGUGGGCCGCUCUUCCAUUUUGACGUGCAUGAGGACAUCCGGACAGUAUCAGACGCCACGAAGGAGAAAGAAGAGUCUCAUGCAGGUAAAGUCGUCGAAAGGCAUUGGUACGAGAAGAAUAAACACAUCUUUCCAGCUUCUCGUUGGGAAAUCUAUGACCCAGCAAAACAAUGGGAAAAGUACACGGUUCAUGGAGGCGAAAUCAGGGGUGUAAAGUGAUCCAUUUGGACGAAGUGACUGCAGUGCUAACGCUACGGGGUUAGAAUCUUGUCCGAGGGCGCACCGCUUGCAGGACUCGCAGGUCGAGUAAGACAAGCCUAAAGCUACCCGGUCAGCCGUGCCAAGCGGCUAGCUCUGGUUAGUGAUCAUCCAGUGUCCCUCUCUGAUUCAGACUUUGUUGCGGCCAUGCACGACCUCCAGUGGCACACGAAAGUGUGCAUACUCACAUAUGAUUCCAGCUAGGUCACAAUCAAAGUACACAUGCGC